AUGUUGCGUCCGUCGUUCAGCCGGGCUCGUCCCUCCUCGUACGUCCUCAGACGAGACGGCCGGGCGAUGAGUGCACGUCAGCGGGCAGGAUGUGCUUGGAAGCCAAUUUUUUCUGCCGCUGCGUGGCGACGCGGUGUUUACCCACCGAGUCGAUUCGUAGUGCUAGUGGAACGAGUCUUUGCGGUCGUAGUCGGUCAAGAGGAGUACCGAGGAUGA